UAAAGAACACCUUAAUCGAUUUAAUUUGAUACACAAUUCUAGUGCGGACUUUAAAUAUUUUGUAAACAAAAUAGGCUAGUUCUGGUUUUAUGUAAUUAUAGUAUACGUUAGCUUCUUUUUUCUUAGGUUUUGUAGAUAUGCACAGUAUCAAGCGGUAUAUAUGUUUUCAUAAAAAUUAUCGAAGGGCUAAUGGGCCAUGGUUUUUGAAGUAUCGGUGUGUUUAUCAUUCAAUUUUGUUAAGUGAAAAAUCUUUUUCUUCAACUGCGUGGCUGAGGAAAUCCAAUGACAUAAUGCAAAAUAAUGCGUUCAAAAAGGUUUAUGAUGUAGAAUCUUCGAAUUUUAAUUUCAAAUCUUUAUUAUAUACCGAAGAUGAUGAAAUUAUUGCACAGCUUAAUGCUUGUAGUAAUGAAGGAGAAUUACUGGCGUUUAUAAAAACAUCUGAGCACAAAUUUAGGCCUAUACAUUUUGUCCAAUCAAUCCUUGUUCUUAAAGAUGUUUUUCAAGAUUUGGACAGUGGCUUAAUGGACGAAAUAUUAAAAAAAAUUUUAAGAGGCUUGACGCUUAGUUUAAAUUCUUUGAAUAUUAUUGAAAAGAGUUGCUGUUACCUUUAUCUUCGAAAGAUUGGAGUACCCAACACCAAUAUGGUAAUGCAACAAUUGCUAUUGAAUGCGUUAAAAUGCGUUCGAAAUACAUCAUCAGAUGAACCGAUUUCCCUAAAUGUAUUAUCGCGUCUAGGAGUUGCGAUUAAUACCGGGCAAGAUUUUCACGUUCCUACGGUCUGCAGCUCAUUUAUUCCACACAUUGUUUAUCAUAUCAAAUAUUGUAAUACUGAAGAAAAUUUACGCAUGCUUUCAAUAAGCAUAAUAAACCUCCAACAAUUAAUUACGAGCGAUAUUUUGGAAAUAUUUAAAACAAAAGUAAAUAUAUUCAUUGAACAUGAAAUAGUUAAUUCAAAAACUAUUAAAACAGUUAUAAAAUUACUACAUUUGUUAAAUUUGUCGGUGUGGUCACAUAAAAACGGACAACUUAUACGAGACCUCAUGUUACUACUACAGCCAAACUUGUCCAAUCUUACCAUAAUAGAUCUUAAAGCAAUAAGUAGAAUUUUUGGUUAUCAUUUGGAACCAGCGUCUUUGAUUGAUCCACUUAAAUCGUUGUUGACAGAUUUAUUUCAAAAUGAUCCGCAAAGUGACAUUCUCGCUGCGUACAUGCCGUUCCUAGAGCCUCAUCGUCGGGAUGCAAUAACAUCUGUAUUUAAAAACUUGCUUUUUUCCUCCAUGUCAAUGCAAAAUUAUAAUUCCGCUGCCGAACAUUUCCAAAUAAUUCGAACCUUGAAAAUAUCCGACUCUAAGUUAUGUGAUGCGUACUGGGAGAAUGUGUUGGAUUCAUUGAAAAUUGAUCAAGAUAAGGAUAAGGAACUUCGAUUUUUAAUACACUGUCAUCGGUACAUGCAUUUCAAUAAUAAUUUGGGUGGAUCGUACCGAUUUCUACCUUUAGAACGACGAUUGACACAAGUGGCUAUGGAAGCGAUCGAAAAUGAUAUAAAUGGUUGCAUACCUUCUAAAUUCGCGCGCUUAGCAGCUUUUGUGUUAGCAUAUGGCCAUACACCGUUUGGAUGGAAAAAGUUCCCCAAUAUUAUAUUAUCAAAAAUUAUAUCAAUGUCUGAUCAAUUCAAUAUAAUGGAUUGUUUAUAUCUUAGCCGUGGAAUUCAAAUCGCUUUGGAAUUGCGAUUUCGCAAUAUGAUACCGUCAUUAUUAGGAUUUCAACUUGCUACCAUAGAUAGCGUACUAGCAGACUGCGUUGAACGACAUCUCGAAAAUAAAAACCUUUCAAUAUUUGAAUUAAAUACUAUAAUGCGCACACUGGGAUACAAAAAGUCGCUGAAAGAGAAAUAUAUUUAUCAAGCAGCAUUGGAACGUUAUAAUCUGAUGGAUUAUGAUGAAAUUAACUCCCGUGCAAUUAGGGAAAUGGCAUACAAUUUUAGCGCUUCGAACUGCACUGUUCCCAUUGCUUUGGAAGCAAUGUUUACCUAUAUUGAGAAACAUCAUGAACACGUAAUUGGAGAAACUGUGGAGAAAGUUUUAAGUUGCGCAUUUAAUCAGGGUUACGUACCAAAGUCCGAAUCUGUACUUGGAAAAGCUGCUACUAUCUUAAAACGGGACUUCAAAGAUAUGAACGGAUUGUCGAUAGUACAGGCAUGCAUGGCACUUUGCUACUAUAAAGCGAUGCCGGAGGAUCUUAUCGAUAUGGUGUUUUGUGUAAAGUUUAUACAGCGGAUUGAAGAAGAGAUUCAAAUGUGCUACUCAAAGGCGACCUAUCCAGAAAGAGUACUUAACUCAAUAAUGAAGUUGAAUCGUACAGUAUGUUUAGAUUAUCCUGAAGCAAACGUACCAUGGUUUCAACAAAAUUACCUUGAAGCGCAACUUAGUAAAAAACCCACACCCCAGUGUAAAUUUGGAGAUGAAGUAAAAAGACUACUGAAAGCGGUGUUAAGCAGUGAUAGUUAUUUCAGUUGUAAUCAUAUAACACCUUAUGGAUAUCAAAUUGAUUUUGUAAUACAUUUCGAUAAAAACCAUAAACCCAUUGCAGCCCCAGUUGAAACAAUGAUAUUGGAUCGUAUUACAAAGGUUGCAAUACUGCUAUUACGUCUGGAUUCGUUUUGUAAAAAUGAUCUAACUGCACUACGUGGACCUGAGCACCUUAGGACGAAACAUUUGGAAAUGAUGGGCUACAAAGUGAUACACAUCAAUGAACAUGAUUGGAAUACAAAAUAUAUGAAUUCACCCAAGACUAAAACUAACUACCUUAAAUGUCUUCUGCAGAUAUAAAAAUUACUGUUAUCUACCCUGAGUUCUAAUGUUUAUGUUGACCUGUAUUUGUUACACAGUACGGAAAAAUUAAAUUUCUUUCAGUAUACGUGAAGAUGUUAUCAGAAUAUGAAACUACGCUUAAAAUAAAGAAAUCGUGCCACGGCGUUUUGCUGCAGCUCGUUAGAAUUUAGAGA